UAGCCAGAAUCGGAAUGAUCAUGUCGGAUUCCAUUUCGCUACUAAUUCUUUUGGCAAUUCUCAGAAGUUUGUCGGCGGCUGAGAAUGACGAUCGUCAUAACUUGUCAAUUUCAAAACAGGAAAUGAAUGUUUUUAUAGACAAACUUGUAACUGAACGUAUGUCCGAGGUUGAGUCUAGAUUUAUGAGAGAAAUUUCUGAUCUGAAAGCUGGAUACGUGUUAUUGGAAAGUGAAAAUAAUCGAUUGAAGUCCAAGAUUGAUACUAUAGAGAAUACCGUUGGGUUAUUGGAGGUAGAGAACAGGAUGUUGCAUUCCAAAGUUGAUUCUUUGGAGAACGAAUUACAAAUGACAAAAGCGGUGUCUUCUUCGAAAACGUCUCCUGUCCACUCAGAGAACGAAACAGAUGUUCGGCAUGUUUUUCGAAGAGUUGCUCCUGAUCAUCCCACUGGUCCCCAGGUAGCCUUUAAAGCCAGACUUACACACACACUGACGGAUGUUGGUCCCACGGAGAUCAUUGAAUUUGACGCUGUCGAGCUAAACAUCGGUAACGACUAUAACCCGGCAACCAGCAUCUUCACUUGUGAUACCCCGGGUCUGUAUGCAUUUCAUUUAACAAUGAUGCUAAAACUUAACAAAAACGUGGAACUAUUCUUCCAGAAAAAUGGUCAGACGUUUCACAACUUUUACCUUCAUGACAAUGAGGAUUUUUACGGUACUGGGUCAACGAUGUCUUUAAUUCAGCUUGACCGGGGCGACACAGUGUGGAUCAAAUCUGACCCGUACCAUUCGUCAGGAGAUCUCACACAUCCUAACUACUGCUAUUUUUCUGGGUAUCUUCUUUAUCCCAGAAUCUAGGGUUUCCUCCUAACAUUGGUCAAUACAA